ACCAUAGUCACGACCGCUGAGCGAGAUAACGUUACUAUCACCGACCCUCCCGUACUCGGAUGGGUGCACUAUUUCAUUAGCCUAGCCCUAGAGCGGUACAGGAGGAUCUGGCCUAGGGCUACAUUGUCAAACCAAGAACCAGAACCAGAGCCGUUUCGCUUCCUCGACCUUCCUCGCGAGCUGCGGGACAUGGUAUACAGUAGCCUUUGGUGCCCCUCCCGAAUAUACGUCUGCCUGUAUCCCAGCAUGCUCCAAGACCAUACGAUCAUCCCCGCAUUGUGCUUCGUCUACCGCCAAGUACGCCAAGAAGCUUCUAUUAGCUUCUUCAAGCGGGAGCUUUUCAAGAUUAUCAGUCUUAUAGAGCUUGAAAUCUUCAAGAAAUGGCUCGCAGCUGCCCCUGACUUCGCCGGAUCGGUUCGACACUUGAGCUUCAACUUCAAGGGCUUUAGCGACUUUACAAACCGCUGGAGCAAUGAAGCCAACUCGAACGAGGAUACCGAAUUGAUGGAGCGAUGCCUAAACCUCCGAACGGUAGAGAUCCAUCACUCUAUUCGUCUUCUCAUCACACAAGCAAUCAAUAUAUUUCCAGUUUCAGGGAUCACACACGAGCAGGGAAUUGUGUUCAGGUGUAAUGCUCCUCGGAGACUGUUUAGUUUAUGAAUUACAAGAUGUCAUGCUAU